GAGAAUAAGAAUGUAGCGACACGGAGAGGAGCCCUGGACGAAGUCAGGCUAAAACGAAAUGGGAGAGGUCCGGAGCAGAAGCCAAUCAUUUCAUUUAAAUACCAAUAACAAGCCACGCCUCCUUCCUAGAGCUUCAGGGGCGACUCCUAGAAGUGGCGAGACACACCUAUCGCGAGAGGAAGGACCUAUCGCGGAGAACGUCCAUCACAGCCCGGUCCCCGCCCUCCUCCCCCCAAGCCCCUCCUACUCCUUGUCCUCAUUCCCACCUUGAACCAGCCGCGUGUGACGUCACGACGCCUGCGUGGCCGCGGCGCGGCGCGGCGCCUGGGGAGGAAGUGGCGGGGCGGCUGCUCCGUCUGCGCCCACCGCCGGCUUCCAGGACGCGGAGCGAGAGGAGGUUUCGGUGCUGCGGACCCCACUCCCCCUGCUUGGCGCUGCUCGUCUGCUCCCUCCAUGAGCCCGGGAGCCGUCUUUCCCCUUCCAGCGGCCACCGCUCGCUCCGGGGUCUAUGGAAGUAAUGGAAGGACCGCUCAACCUGGCUCAUCAGCAGAGCAGACAGGCAGAUCGCUUUCUAGCUGUGGGGAGAUAUGAAGAAGCCAUUUCUUGUCACAGGAAGGCCGAGGGCUCACUUAUCCCUGGAGCUCCAGAGGGACAGCCACACGAAACAGCUCCUCCUCAUUCAGGAGCGGUGGAAGAGAGCCAGGCGGGAGGGAAGGCUGAAGGCUCAGCAGAGCUGGGAUAAGGAUGCAGCUCCCAAAGCCUCCGUGGAGGAGGUCGAGGGCCUGAGUCCCCUGGUCGCCCAGAAAUACAGCCCUGCCGCCGAGAAGCAGCCGCCCGAAAGUCACGGCGCCUUUGACAGGGAUCCAGACACGUUGCUCUUUUUACUCCAGCAGAAGAGUGAGCCGACAGAGCCGUGCAUCGGAAGCAAAGCCCCGAAAGAUGAUAAAACGAUCAUAGAGGAGCAGGCAACCAAAAUUGCAGACCUGAAGAGGCAUGUGGAGUUCCUCGUCGCCGAGAACGAGAGACUGAGGAACGAAAACCAACAGCUCAGGGCCGACAAGGCCAGACUUGUGAAAGGUCCAGCGGAAAAGGAGCUGGAUGUGGAUGCUGACUUUGUAGAAAAGUCGGAGUUGUGGAGCCUCCCGCCACAGUCAGAAACUGCCGCGGCCUCUUCAAGCUGGCAGAAGUUUGCAGCGAACACUGGGAAAGCCAAGGAUAUUCCCAUCCCCAACCUUCCCCCUCUGGAUUUUCCAUCUCCAGAACUUCCUCUUAUGGAGCUCUCGGAAGAUAUUUUGAAAGGACUUAUGAAUAAUUGAAAAUGGUCGGUGAGAAGAAGAUGCAAUACAGGCAACUCAGAAAAAAAAAAAAAAGAAGGAAAAGGGAGAACCACAGCCAGAGGUCACCACAGACAGAGACGCCUACUGUCCGGCAGACUGGAGAAGAGGCGUUGCCAGGCCUCGGGGGAAGUCACUGUGAACUGAACUAUGUCACAUAUCUGAUUUGCUGACUUUGGCUCAUGAUUCCAGACUUGGCAGACACUAAACUCACGGAGGUUCACUUUCUCCUGAUGCAAACCAAAUGGCUACCUGGAAUAAUUUUUCAAGCAACAAUUACUUUUUUUCCUCAUCUUCAGGGUUAAAAUGUAUAAAAGUACGUUCUGUGUAAAUUAAUCUAUAAUGCCAUAAUGAUAAUGCAAAACCGAAAUAAUACGGUGGCCUGAGGAGCGGCCUUGUGUCUGAAACGUGCUUUCUAUCAUGCAUUGACGGCAGGCGUUUUGUUCAGCACAUUUUGUUGAAUCGGGCAGGCGUCUGUGACACCCCUGCCGAGAGGAAACUCAUGUGCCACACUUUGCACUACUCGUAACAUAAUAAUAACCUCAAGCCUAUCAGGAGAAACAUUUAAAUUUCCAUUUUAUGAAGAAAGGAACCAAAUUAAUUUUGAAAUAAAAAAGACCAGUUUACAUAAUUAAUCAGGGUGCAUUCUAAGUUCUAACUCUUCUGUUUAUUGUAUAGUGCAUCAUUUGAAAAUACCAAGGAGAUAGCCUUUAUGUUUCUAAUGAUGCAUGAAUGGAGGUCACGCUGGCUGGCAGUAUUUGAUUGUAAGACAUCAAUAAAGUAAUUAUAUUUUA